CGACUGCGAGUUUGGGCUCUGAGCAGUCGUCCGUCAAAUCGGGUUUGCCGUCCACCAGGUCCUUGAAUUCCACUUUCGCAUAUGCGCAACGCCAGAACCAGCCGUUGAUCACGGCAUCCGUUCCACUCACCGAAGCGGUCCGUUCUGACCGCCAACGUGCACAAUCUCAUGUGACCGGUCCUGCAGCAGCACCCACAAUACAGCGUAGUAAUUCCGCGAGGCAUAUGGGCACCCCGCCGUUGUCAGACACUCCUCGUAUGGGCUUCCCCAUGCCCCCCAGGACACACUUGGACAUGAAAGGAGGACGGUCCGAGACCGAUGGUGCGAUCUGUGCGUCGGACAACGCGCAUGUUAACUCAGCCAUCGAGCGCCCGCACCGUUCAGGUACCAAGGCCUCUCUAACGGCCAGGAAGGAACUUGCGCAAGCGGUCGGAAAAUCGGUCGACUACGGAACCGAAGCAAACAAAACCGAAGGAAAACUUGACACGUCAGGAGCAGGAUCUUUCGAUGUUCCCCGCUCCGCUCCUCCAAUCGUGGCCACUACGUCUCUCAGUGACGAGAAGGUUUCAACUUCACGCACCCAGUUUUCGACAUCCAAGAUAUCGAGAAAGGCGAUAUCCUUUGGUAAAGCCCCAUCCGGCCCUCCGACAAUCCCAUUGCCGACCCCACCUGCAGUCAUGGCCUCUGAGAUAUCGACCGAUCUCUCAUCAUCUCCAUCCGAUACUUCUCUGUUACUCCCAUCUACACCAGUCCGCACUCGGUCGAAUACGAGCAUCCCUCUUCCUAAUUCUGCAACGUUUACUCGGCGCUCUCUCUUGACCGUCAAGGGAGAUAUUGCCGGUGACACAGAUCUGGCCUUGCCUGCGAAAGUAAUCAUGGCGAAGGUCGAGUCGGGCAUUGAACGGGCUUCGAAGGAUGGCGAUCGUAUCAACCCGAAAUUACUCGCGCAGGACUCAGACGCCUCUUCCGAGCAGCUGCGGCGAGCUCUGCUAUCCCAACUGGCGAAAUUUGACCACUUGGCCGGUUACGUUCUCUCUCUAACCCAAAAACACGAAGAUGAGAAAACGUCUUUAGUCCAGCGAAUCGAAGAGCUACAACGCGAGAUCAAGAAGCGAGACCGCGAAAUCAAAGGCCUGAGAUGGCUUGUGGUCAACGGCGCUGCUGUAGCUGGUCAGUCUGGCUCAACCCCAGGAUCAGCGCCCACGACAGGACAAAGGGAACGAUCUCUGUCAUCGUCGCACUCUAGGCAGAGCACCGUGGAAACUAUCGGCCAGCAACUUCGCCGGGAGUACGCGGACGACUCCGAAAAAUGUUAUUUAACCCCUGCAUUAGAAGCCGAAUCGCCAACCACAGGUUCUUUGGAUAAUUCCGACGGCGCGACGGUUCUUCAGCGGUCCAGCACCGUGAAGCACACUCUUGCUCCGGGUUCUCAAGCUUGCGGCUGGCGAUUGAGCCCGAAACAAUUCCGCCGCAAGAGUUCGCCAGUCGUGAAUGUCUACGGCAAGGCUGAACCCGGCGCUGGCCUGGGUUUGGGCAUGGGCCCUCUACCGCCUGCCACCACCUCGUCGGACUCCGAGGUGGUCAGCGCACGGUCGGCCCUUGGAACUCGCGCCUCGUCGUCUUCCCUAUCAUCGUCGGCUUCCACCGUGCCUACGAUGACGGCUGCCAGUACAGCCUCUUCUGGCCUUUCCGCCAUUCUCGAAUCGCCUCCACAGUCCUCUGACGGGACCUCAGAGUUUCCGCGUUCCAUCAUACCCGAAGAGGGUAAACGCCGCGAAAAGGAUGAAAGACGCGCGAUCAAGGCCCUGCGCCGGAUCUCUUCUUCCUCUAGCAAGAGCGGAUCUUCGGUUCACGUCACCGCGACACCACCAUGCCCCCCUUUGCCACCCGACGCAGCAGCGAGUACAUCGUAUGCGAGCAAUCUGCGCAAAGGCGCUAUGCCUUCUAUCGACAACGUGCUGGGACGAAGCGUCACGGACGAAAAGAUGGAACACGUGCUCGCGCGUCUGCGAUUGCUGGGAGAGGCCGUCAAUCGCUAAUCUCGUCACCUUCUUAGCCAUCUGUCUUGAUUGGGGCGAUGUUGCGUUCCCGUGAUUUCUGCCGUUCUAUGUGUUAUCGAAGUUACAGUCGCGGCUGUCGCUGCAUCAUCGGCGC